CCCGUCACUUGCUUUGGAAAAUUAACGUUUUACGUUUUUGCCCGCCCUAAAUUUUGAGUACCCAAGAUUUUUUUAGUGAUCCAAUAUUCAUAAUGGCUUCCAACAACACCGGUCGAGUGCAUGAGGGCAAGGUUGCGAUUGUAACAGGUUCAGCACGAAGCAUUGGUGCUGGUAUUGCAAGAAACCUCGCAUCUAAGGGUGCCAACAUCCUAAUCAGCUAUCUAACCGAAGGCUCUGACAGCUCUGCUGCUGAACUCGCAGAAGAGCUUACUAAGAAUCAUGGAGUUGUUGCCGUGCCAUGUCGAUCUGACAUCUCUACACCUGAAGGCUGUGCAGCCAUCAUUGAGGCGUGUAACUCAAAGAUGCCACCAAAUGCCAAAACCAACAAGCUACAAAUUGAUAUCCUGAUCAACUGUGCUGCUAUUAUGAUUGGCAUUGGUCCUCUUGAAUCAGUUACGCACGCGGAUUUUAUCAAGUCGUACGAGACCAACGUGCUAGCUCCUAUCUUGCUUACAGGAGCAUGCAAGCCAUACCUACCAACAGAUCGAUCUGGAAGAAUUGUGAACGUCUCCAGUAUCGGACAAAAGGUCGGCACUCCAUACUUGACGCUUUACAAUGGAACGAAGGGUGCACUUGAGGCUAUGACAAGAACUUGGUCAAGAGAAUUGGCUGAGAAUGCCACCGUCAACACUAUCAACCCUGGUUCGGUACUUACAGAUAUGUUCCGUCAAUGUAGCGACGAUGUGCUUGCAGCUCAAGCACAAUGGAGUCCGUUGAUCCCACUGUCAGGUGUACGUGAGUGGGAUACCGAAGAGGUCAAGGCAGUUGGUAAGAAAUGGGGUGGUCGUCCAGCAUACGUCGAAGAAAUCGCUAGCGUUGUCGGUAUGGUUUGUAGUCCAGAGAGUGCAUGGAUGACUGGUAGUGUUGUCAGUGCCAACGGUGGUCAAUGUUUCAGCACUUAAAUGUUUAGUAUCGUGUAAAUGUCAACGUUUAUCCAGAAUACAAAUUGAUUAGUGUUGGCUAAAACGUUAGCGUUGAGUAAUUACCAAGUAACAGACAAGCUAGUCUUGAAAUUUGACUGGAUUUCAUGUACCUGAGCUAAACGCUUUCUUAACUGUGCAGGCGGUACCUUUAAGAGCACCUUGUCUGGUU